AGUCGGAGUCAGAAACACAGUCUGCAAACCCAGGAAAACAAAGAGGAGCGUGAUAAAAGUCACACACCUGAAAGACAAACAGAACGUGUUAUUGCUCCAGCGCACGUCCCGGGUGACGCCAACUUACAGGGACUUCCAGUCCUGCCCCGCUGAUUCGGAUCGGACCCGCCCACGCAGAGAACUGGACCAAUCACAGUCCGCGGAACUACCUCCACGAGACCAUUAAUUGACACUUUAAUAGGGGCUUUUACUUUUUUUUUUUUUACCUGACCCGCGGCGCUGGUAGCUCCUGAACGAAGCCGUGUUUCUCCAUUUUUAGCCUUACGUGUUUUUUUUAUCGUGUGUUAUUUUUAAGUAUGAACCGAACCAGCCUCCGGAGACUGUUCUCCGCCUGCGACGUGAACAAGUCCGGUAAGAUUGAGUACGACGACUUCACCGCGGUGUGCCGCGAGCUCAGCGUCCCCGAGACCCAGGUCCAAAGCCUGUUCGACAAGUUCGACGCGGACCAGGACGGCUCCAUCGACUACAGCCGCUUUUCCUCCAGGUUCCAGGAGGUUUCGGAGACCCUGGACCUGGCGUCCCUCGGCGCCGGGGCACAGCAGAACCAGGGCUCCCCGUGGGAAGAGUUCGUGGGCAAAGUGGACGCGGAGUGUCUGCUGUCGGAAAGUCUCAGGGAGCAGCUGGCUGAUCUUUACCAGGUCAUUCAUUCCUCUGCAAACAUGACUCUACUGCAGCAGUAUGAAGAAAUUGUGAAUUCACUAAUCAGUCAAAGUCUUGACAACCGACUAGAGUGUGAACAGCUGGAGACCAGUUUAAAACGAGCUGAGGAGAUGAACAACAGUCAACUGGCAGAACUGGAAGAUGAUAUACAGCAACAACUUGCCAGAACAGAGGAGAGGGUGAGAGAUGAGGAGCGUAAGAAAAUGGAGGGAACUCUGGCUGCUUUGCAAAGGAAGCAUGAGAAUGAGGUGGCAGACCUGCAGGCAGCUGUGGACAGGUUAUUAAAGAGCCAAGAAGACUCUGAAUUCAACAAUUCAAAGAAGGAGCUGGUCAGACAGAACAAACUAAUUGGCGACCUGUCGCAGGAAAAUGAGCAGCUGCGAGUGUCUCUGCUUCAAGCCCAGACAAACAUUUCCAUCCUGCAUUCAGAGCUGGACAAGCUGAAGAAUAUGUAUACAGACCAGAAAGCUCAACAUGAAAGAGAAACAGAUGAUUUGAAGAGGAUGGUUGCAGAAUACCAGUCAUACUCCAGUCAAAUUCAAAUCCUUCAGGAAAUGAACAAAAAGCUGUAUGACAGUAAUGACGGCCUGCGCUCUGCAUUGGCCAGUGAAGCAGUUGCAGCUAAAAGGAGGCUGUCUCCCCAAAACGAAAUCCCAGCCCGGAGGAUGAAGCCCCUCAGACAGAGCACACUCAACCACAGCAGCUCUGAGCCGGAUCCCAGCAAAUCGGCCUACUCUCAUGUGGCCUCCUGGGCUGAUAAGUACCUGGACAGUGGAGUGUCUCUGCCGAUGGACACAGCUGAGAGCUCAGGCAGCGAUUAUGACAGCGACGACAGCAAAAGCUCGGUGGAGACUGUGCAUCACAGUUACUCCUAUGCUCCGUCUGAGGUGGAGGUAUCAGAAAUAAAAUCUGAAGCUGCAGUGUCGGUGGCUCCCAGCAGGGCGAGCUCCAUCGCAUCAUCCCUACGAAGACGUUUGUCUGCCUUUUCCACAAAGCAAUUGGAAGCAGACAUAGAGGAAACUGGGGAGCAAACCCCGAUGUACCGUUUGGUUUUAGCAGGGGACGCUGGAGCUGGAAAAUCCAGCUUCCUCCUGAGACUGACUCUCAAUGACUUCAAAGGAGACAUUCAGACUACACUGGGGGUUGAUUUUCAAAUAAAGAGGAUGUUGGUGGACGGAGAGAGGACGAGUCUGCAGAUAUGGGAUACAGCUGGGCAGGAGAGGUUCCGCAGUAUUGCUAGAUCGUACUUCCGUAAAGCUCACGGAGUCCUGCUGCUCUAUGAUGUUACCUCAGAAAGCAGUUUCCUCAAUGUCAGGGCGUGGGUGGAUCAGAUUCAGGAUUCAACAGAGGAGAAAAUCCCCAUGUGUGUUAUUGGAAACAAGGUGGAUCUCAGAGAGCAGCUUGAAGGAAGCUGUGUGAGCAGUUCGCACGGAGAGAAGCUGGCCAAGGCAUAUGGCGCCUUGUUCUGUGAAACCAGUGCCAAAGACGGAACCAAUGUGGUAGAAGCUGUGCUUCACCUAGCGAGAGAAGUAAAGAAAAAUGUGAAACUGAGGCGGCAGUCAGACUCUCAGGUCAGACUGAGCCAAGUCAACCCAAAGAGGACUCUGAACAGCUGCUGUGGCCUAUAGAGGGCUGCGGGGGAACAAUGAAGGAGAGACCAGCUUUUUACUUUGAACAUAUUUUUAUGUACGUUUUUAACCUUUUUUUUUAUAUAUAUUUAACUAACAUUUUCAUUUUAUUCACUGAUCAAAAUGAAGAAAAUGUUGCUGUAAAGCUGCACAUGUACAUACACACACACAACAUAAUGUAGAUUUGUAUUUAUUUGUAGUGAAAUAAUUAAGUAAAUAAACUUUGAUCUGCUCAGAUCCAACCUGCAGUAAA